ACAGGGCUUCUCCUCAAGGUUACACAAGAUUCUGCUGUGUUCAACCCUAUUGCAGUCAGGUGCUUAGCAAGCAUAUAUGCUUGAUGUCCUAUUGACUUCUGGGCAUGAACCAGAAGCUCUAAUGGAAUGAAGUCUUUUUUUGUUGUUGUUGAGAUAUAGUCUUGCUUUGUUGCCCAGGCUGGGGUGCAGUGGCGUGAUCUCGGCUGACUGCAACCUCCGCCUCCUAGGUUCAAGCGAUAUUCCUGCCUCAGCCUCCCAAGUAGCUGAGACUACUGCACCAGGCUAACUUUUGUAUUUUUAGUAGAGAUGGUUUUCACCAUCUUGGCAGGCUGGUCUUGAACUCCUGACCUCAGUCCUAUAGUCUGCCUGCCUCCGCCUCCCAAAAGUGCUGGGAUUACAGGCAUGAGCCACCGCACCCAGCCCUGGGAAUGGAGUCUUGAUUCUUCUCUGCUCCUCACUGACUCUCCCAAACCGGGAACCUUGAAGCUGAGAGUGCAGCAUGGUUCCUGGCACACAGUGGGCACUCAAAUACCGACUGGUUUACAGUAUGACUAGUAGGACCCCAACGAGCAAAACUGUGGCCUAAUAGAAUUCUGGCCUCUCUCCCAGACUUCCCCUCCCUUUGAGAAACACCAGAAGCUUCUUAGGGAGGCUCUUGCCAGCCUAGACAUCACAGGCACUAACAGGGCAGCUCCAACCUCUGCCUCCUGUCAUCACCAUAAUGCAUCCAUAUCUACAAUAUGGCAAAUAUCAAAUCCUUCCACCCUCUUCCCUGCAUUAUUGAUGGGCUGUGUGCACUUUUUAAAAAAUCAAUUAGAUCAGGGCGUGGAGCUGGAGUUAAAAGAGAAAAGAAGCCUUUAGAAGUCUGCUCUUGUUUUGCUGUUUUGAAUAGGCACAGAUAAAGCUUUCCCUCUGGUUUGAAUAAGUCAAGCCCAGGGCUAGAUUGGCUCUGAUUGGCCAGUACUAGGAAAAUGCGGUUAAGAUGCAAACACAAGCAAAUAUAACCCAGUGUCUCUGCAGCCAUUGCUAAGCUAAGGCAGCAGGACCUAGAGCCUCCUGCUUUGGAGUGGUUCUUCAAUACUGCUGCUGCUUACUCGCUGGGAAACUGGGAAGACUGGUGAGCAAGAAGGCAAGUCCUGGAAAGACAAGCACCAUGUCUCUGAGCAGUGCCUUCAGGGCUGUGGACAACGACCCUGGGAUCAUCAUCUGGAGAAUAGAGAAAAUGGAGUUGGCGCUGGUGCCUGUGAGUGCUCAUGGCAACUUCUAUGAGGGGGACUGCUACGUCAUCCUCUCGACCCGGAGAGUGGCCAGUCUCCUAUCCCAGGACAUCCACUUCUGGAUCGGGAAGGACUCCUCCCAGGAUGAGCAGAGCUGCGCAGCCAUCUACACCACACAGCUGGACGACUACCUGGGAGGCAGCCCUGUGCAGCACCGAGAGGUCCAGUACCAUGAGUCAGACACCUUCCGUGGCUACUUCAAGCAGGGCAUCAUCUACAAGAAGGGAGGUGUCGCCUCUGGUAUGAAGCACAUGGAGACCAACACCUACAACGUGAAGCGGCUGCUACAUGUGAAGGGGAAAAGAAACAUCAGGGCCACCGAGGUGGAAAUGAGCUGGGACAGUUUCAACCGAGGCGAUGUUUUCUUGCUGGACCUUGGGAAAGUCAUCAUCCAAUGGAAUGGCCCAGAGAGCAACAGUGGGGAGCGCCUGAAGGCUAUGCUUCUGGCAAAGGAUAUUCGAGACAGGGAGCGAGGGGGCCGUGCUGAAAUAGGAGUGAUUGAGGGAGACAAGGAGGCAGCCAGCCCAGAGCUGAUGAAGGUCCUUCAGGACACCCUUGGCCGACGCUCCAUUAUCAAGCCUGCAGUCCCUGAUGAGAUCAUAGAUCAGCAGCAGAAAUCAAAUAUCAUGUUGUAUCAUGUCUCAGAUUCAGCUGGGCAGCUGCAGGUCACAGAGGUAGCAACGAGGCCUCUGGUCCAGGACUUACUGAACCAUGAUGACUGCUACAUCCUGGACCAAAGUGGAACCAAGAUAUACGUGUGGAAAGGAAAAAGAGCCACAAAGGCUGAAAAACAGGCAGCCAUGUCUAAAGCACUGGGCUUCAUCAAGAUGAAGGGCUACCCCAGCAGCACCAACGUGGAGACUGUCAACGAUGGUGCUGAGUCAGCCAUGUUCAAGCAGCUGUUCCAGAAGUGGUCAGUAAAGGACCAGACCAUGGGCCUGGGGAAAACAUUCAGCAUUGGUAAAACUGCUAAAGUUUUCCAGGAUAAGUUUGAUGUGACUCUGCUCCACACAAAGCCAGAGGUAGCUGCCCAGGAAAGAAUGGUCGAUGAUGGCGACGGAAAAGUCGAGGUCUGGAGAAUUGAGAACCUGGAGCUGGUCCCCGUGGAAUAUCAAUGGUAUGGCUUCUUUUAUGGGGGAGACUGUUAUCUGGUCCUCUACACAUAUGAGGUGAACGGGAAGCCGCAUUACAUCUUGUACAUCUGGCAGGGCCGCCACGCCUCACAGGAUGAGCUGGCAGCCUCAGCAUUCCAGGCAGUGGAGGUGGAUCGGCAGUUUGAUGGGGCCGCUGUGCAGGUUCGAGUCAGGAUGGGGACGGAACCACGCCACUUCAUGGCCAUCUUCAAAGGGAAGCUAGUUAUCUUUGAGGGUGGGACUUCCAGGAAGGGAAAUGCUGAGCCCGACCCUCCAGUAAGACUCUUCCAAAUUCGUGGAAAUGACAAAUCUAACACCAAAGCAGUGGAGGUUCCAGCCUUUGCCUCCUCCCUAAACUCCAAUGAUGUCUUUCUGCUGCGAACUCAGACAGAGCACUACCUGUGGUAUGGCAAGGGGUCUAGUGGGGACGAGCGGGCAAUGGCUAAGGAGCUGGCCAGCCUUCUCUGUGAUGGCAGCGAGAACACUGUGGCCGAAGGCCAGGAGCCAGCCGAGUUCUGGGACCUACUGGGAGGAAAAACUCCCUAUGCCAAUGAUAAAAGGUAUGGGAAGAGAGCCUCCUCCUCUUCUGGGCUCCCCCUGCCUGCCAGUCUUGUGAAUUGCACAAAGGCUAAAACAGUUUUACAAACAUUUCUAAGCAGUUUGGUGCCCUUAAAUGGAUUGUAUUGCAGACUUCAGCAGGAAAUCCUAGAUGUCCAGUCCCGUCUCUUUGAAUGUUCCAAUAAGACUGGCCAAUUCAUUGUCACUGAGAUCACAGACUUCACCCAGGAUGACCUGAACCCCAGUGACGUGAUGCUCCUAGAUACCUGGGACCAGGUGUUCCUGUGGAUUGGGGCUGAGGCCAAUGCCACAGAGAAGGAGAGCGCCCUUACCACAUCGCAGCAGUACCUGGGCACUCACCCCAGCGGCCGAGAUCCCGACACACCAAUCCUGAUCAUUAAACAGGGGUUUGAGCCUCCCAUCUUCACAGGCUGGUUCCUGGCCUGGGACCCUAACAUUUGGAGUGCAGGAAAAUCAUAUGAACAAUUAAAAGAAGAGCUGGGAGAUGCUGCUGCUAUCAUGCAAAUCACCACUGACAUGAAGAAUGCAACCCUCUUCCUGAAUUCUAAUGAUGGUGAGCCAAAAUAUUACCCUAUAGCAGUUCUGUUGAAAAACCAGAAUCAGGAGCUGCCUGAGGACGUAAACCCCGCCAAAAAGGAGAAUUACCUCUCUGAACUCGACUUUGUGUCUGUCUUUGGCAUCACAAGAGGGCAAUUUGCUGCUCUGCCUGGCUGGAAACAGCUCCAAUUGAAGAAAGAAAAGGGGCUUUUCUAAAGCAAGAAGGCCUAUGCCUACUGUAAGGCCACAGAAGAGAGCAGAUAGUGCCAGAAUCAACAAAGAAUUUAUCUACCAAUUUCUGCCUGACAUUCAGCUACUUAAUUAGAUAUAAUAGAGUCUGCAAAUCACAGCAUGUUCUCCAUUUUUUCUCACUUUGCAUUCCUUGGUUGUUAUAUACCUAAAAUGUUAACCACACACUUUUUGGGUUCUGCGGCUCUCUAGCUAAAGCCUCAGCAGAAAGCACUAAAACUGCAGAAAUCUGGAAAAAUUAGAAGAAAGAGAACCAAAAAACAAGGCUUAAAAUGUGUAAUAACUUUUUAUGUUUAAUAUUAUUCCAGGACCUACCUUGGUUUUAAAUUUUAAGAUCAUUAUUUCUAAAAUCUAUUUAACCUGCAAAUCAUUGGAAAUCAUAUAUACACUCCAAGGUUGAAAUCCAAAUGGCCAGAUCUAUUAUGUGUCAAAGCAUUUUUAACUUUUCAAAUGAAGAUACCUAUAAUGAACAAAUGAAGUUAUUUUCAGUAUUUAGGGUUUGCUUGUUAUGGUAAUUUUAUUAUAUUGGAAGAAAUGUUUCAGUACUGGGGAAGUAAAAAGGCAAUGUUAAGUGAG